AUGGCAUCUUCAACAAAAAAGCCACAUUCAAAGCGCCUUCUUCAUCGAUAUUUACGUUCCCAAAUCCCCUCUCAGCAAAUAUCAUCGUUUUCGCAGUGUUCUUUUAACCAGCUCAUUGACAAUACUGAGGAAUUUGACGAUGACGAUAUUUUGAAACAACAAGUUCCCGUUAUCGAUCACUCAACCCCAAAUGUGAUGUAUGCCAUUGAUGCUCUUAACGCGAUGUAUCCUGACCUUAUCAAAAAGCGCAAAGAUAUUCCACCGCAUUUCGUUGAAACCUCGAAUGCAACUCCUCAACUUGAAUUUUUAGAGUGGAUUGAUAAUGGUCACCUUCAUCCCUCCCUGCUUCCAAUUAUCAGAGACAGGCAAGUUCCAUUUUAUGAUGGAUCGAUUGUAAUAGAAAUCCACGAUUAUCGAAUGGCGUCUUUGCUGUCAAAUGGAGCCAGCCAAGCGCCAUUUUGCAGCGGUGGAAAAUCUCUCCUCUCAGACCACCCGGAAAUACAUCGAGUAUUGUUAAGGCCAAAUGAGGCUUCCAUUGCUGCAGAUAUCCAGAUGUAUUUGGAUUCAACGUUGGGAGAAGGUCUUUGGUCAGAUGAACAGUAUAUUGAGCUAGAAAAGGGCAUAAGGAACACUACCUCAUUGACCCUUUGCCUUGAUCCAUCCCCGGGCGUCUUUCAAAUCAUCAACUUUAUCAGAUUACAAGGAGGAAAAUACAAGAUCCUCAGAGAUGAACCAUCUGUACGUGCUAAGAAGUUUCGACAAUAUGAAGCCAAUCAGAAGAGCACUGGAGCUCUUUUAACAUCAGGCUCAGCACUCUCCAAAUCAAUUUCGGACUCGGUUUUGUCGGAAAAUUCAAAUGGGCUAUUAUCCCAAUUUGACCAAGGCCACCAAUCCACAUCUGCCUUAGAUCAACGGCUAUUUGGCUUACCGACCGUCUCGCUGUAA